UCACAUGGCUUCCUUCAUCUCAGAUCAUCAUUACAGCGAUCCAGAGAUUCUGGUACGAAAGAAUAAUCGAUCUGUGACAACGUUGACACUCAACAGACCUCGAAAAUUGAACGCGCUCUCAGUUUCCAUGCUCUCGCGGCUGUCUGAACUGUUCCUCCGCUACGAGCACGAUCCCCAUGUCAAGUUGGUCAUUCUCAAAGCUAACGGUAAGGCAUUUUCGCCGGGGGGCGACGUUGCGUCUGUAGCUCAUCAUCUCUACAAUGGCAAUUUGAGAGCUGCUUUCAAAAGUUUCGCAACUGCAUACACCUUAAUGUACUUGGUGGCAACAAAGACUACACCCCAGGUUUCAUUUCUCAAUGGAAUGACCAUGGGGACCGGGGCAGGUGUUUCAAUACACGGUAGUUUUCGUGUGGCAACGGAGAAGACGGUGUUUGCCAUGCCGGAAGCAGCUAUAGGAGGGUUUCCUGAUGUUGGUUCCUCUUAUUUCCUAUCAAGACUUCCUGGAUUCUUUGGAGAGUAUCUUGGUCUUACAGGUGCCAGAUUGGACGGUCCUGAAAUGCUUGCUUUGGGUCUAGCAACUCACUUUUUUCCCUCAUCGAAAUUGGCUUCGGUAGAAGAAGCCCUAGUAAGAACACUCGGUGCUCUUCCUAAUACAAGCUCAAGUGAUGACCAUGCUUUUAUUUCAGCUAUUCUAGAUGCAUACUCUGAGCAACCAGCUCUGAAAGUGAACAGUGCUUACCAUCGUAUGGAUGUUAUUGACAAGUGCUUUUCUCAAUCCACAGUGGAAGAGAUUUUAAGUAGCCUUGAAAAGGAGUUUGCUACAUUAACCAACAUAAGUGAUCAUCAUGAAUGGUUAUCUUCAUCAAUUCAGUCAAUGAAAAAUGCAUCGCCAUUAAGUUUGAAGAUUGCUUUGAGAUUGAUUCGAGAAGGAAGGCGGCUGCAAGGAGUUGGUGAGUGCAUUGUUCGCGAAUAUAGGAUUAUUUGUCAUGUUUUGCGUGGGGAAAUCAGCAAGGAUUUCAUGGAGGGUUGCAGAGCUAUACUGUUGGACAAGGAUAAGAACCCAAAGUGGAAGCCUUCUAGAUUAGAGCUUGUCACUGACCAGAUGGUUGGCCACUACUUCUCUAGGUUGCAUGAUGACGAAGAAUUAAAGCUCCCUCAAAGAUCCAAAUUGUCUGCAACUGCCAUUUCCAAGCUUUGAGAUUGAUUAAGAAAAAUUUCUCUCAGUUUUCAAUUUUUUACCUAGUUAAUAAUUUUGUUUCAUGCAGGGUAAACAUUACUUUUUAGCAUUUGUUUCUCCAAAUCCUGGGAUUAGUUGAUUAAUACAAACUUGUAUUAU